UUCCGCUUGUGAGGUCAUUAGCCCGAAACAGCCAUGGUCAAUUUGUUAGCCUGUGUUUCGCUGAGUUAAAAACAAAUUAUUAACCUGAAGUUCUCUUUUGACCUGGCAGUGACUGAAAAAACACACCUCUUACAUGCCCGGCUUGGUAUGAAAAGUAUGAAUGAAAUGUUCAAUAUGCCGGUGUGUUGUGUACAUGUAUUCCGCGCUCACCAGUUGGCUGAGUACCAUCCUCUACUGCUUAUGUAAUUAUUUUCCUACGAGUGGGCUCCUCGAUCAAAACCCAACACUCACUCUCCGCGGACAGACAAGGAAGAGGAAAGUCGGCAAACUCAGAGCUCUGUUUGUGAAGAAGCGCUCCCGAGGUCCGUCCGAGGAUGAGGGCAUGUUUGUAAAUCUGUGUAAACAGGGCAGCUCCUCUCAAUAAUCCGGAUGCGCCCAGAUGGCUUUGGCAUCAUUCAAAAUGCGCUACUCCAGUCCUAGUGUUGUUUCUUUGCUCAGGCGGUCUUUGAAAGCUACGUCAAUAACAGAACUUUAAAAAUCUGCAGUUGUGUCUUUAUCACUGUUGGUGCGGCUAAAGUUUUUCUGGAGAAAAAAAAACUCUUGAUAAAUUCUUUCUUUCUUUCUUUCUUUUUCUUUUCCAUAUGUUGUUAGCGCACUAGUGUAGCGAGCCAAGCUCUGACGUGUGCACCCAAGUGGAAAAGUUAAUUUUUAACUCGCUUCAAUGGGCGAUUCGCCCGCACUUGGCAGCGCUGCAGAUCCAGACGCAUCUCAGCCCCUGCGCUUAAAAUGUAGGCAACGGUUUUAGAAACUACAAACACCGUCUUCUCAAAGCUGUCUGCCAUGGGUAGCGGCAGCAGCAGAGGGAGAAAAGUUUCGGCCGCUUUAGAAAAAGAUGCGAACACCCUGCACAAGGGUGUCAAGCAGGGGGAGCUGGAAGGGGACAGUCGUCUUUACAAAAUUCAGAAGCUGUCGCGCUUCUGCCAACCUCGUGCCCGUGCUGCACCAGACUGUCAUAGUGAAGGAAACGAGUCGGAUUUUUCGCUCGACGAAGAAGAUGCAGAUGGAGAGCACACUGAAAGGAAGUUAGACCGAGCGCUAGCAGAGUUGGAAGGGAACGACUUCAGCUCUAAGAGAAAACAUCACCAAGGGUCCUUCGUGCGCUCCAACACCUACAGCUUCUGCAGUUCCCGACAGGUGUACCCCGGACCCGAUUUCAGUUCAACCCCUUAUAUCCAGACAGGAGUACCCAGAAAAGGACUCGCUAAUAUAGCGCCGUCGUACUUUGGAAGAGAAGGGGUGAACGCAUGUGCAGCGCCUGCGACUCCUGCUUGGGGACAUCACCUGGAAAGUCACAGAAAUAGCCAGAGUGAAGAUUUUGAUGUACUUAAAGAGGAAGCCAGCAGACAAAAUGGCUCUCUGGCACCUCUGACACCUCAGGAUUUGGAAAACAACAACGUUUCAGAUAAGCAUACCGAAACGUUUUCUCCCACCGGUGCCUCUGUGUUUUAUGACGGGUCUGAAGAGGAGCUUAUGGCCAGCAUUGAGCGAGAAUACAGCUGACCUGCUUCCAGAGGCCCCAAGUACCAUGGAAACCAAAGCACUUCUCAGCUAAAGCAAGUUGUCUGAAGGGGUGAUAAUGCACAAACAACUGAUUUUUAUAGUGAAACAAUAAAACCUGUUUAUGCAUCCACUUCAAA